UCAUCGCGUGUGACGUCGACGGCAGCCUGUUACUGGGUUACGGCGGCUUCGGGCCUUCCUGCGCCGCAGAGAUUGUACCGAUCUUUCUCAUUCAAGAGAGAGAGAGAGAGAAAGGGAGAACAAAAAAAGAGAACGGGUAGGAAGGGAGAUAAAUAAAGUCGCAGUGAAAAUGACGGACGGAACUGAACGAGCCGAUGGCAAGAUUGUAAAAAUGGAUAUGGAUUAUAGUUCUGCUGUAGACCAGCAGCUCCCAGAGUGCGAGAAAAUGGCCCAAGAUGGAAGACUGCAGGAAGCUAUUGAUAAUCUUCUGUCAUUGGAAAAGCAGACUCGAACAGCUUCUGAUAUGGCAUCCACAUCAAGAAUCCUUGUUGCAAUAGUGAAAAUGUGUUAUGAUGCAAAAGACUGGGAUGUACUCAAUGAAAAUAUCGUAUUUUUGUCGAAAAGGAGAAGUCAGUUAAAACAGGCAGUUACAAAGAUGGUCCAGGAGUGCUACACAUAUGUCAGUCAGAUUACCGACUUACCUAUCAAAUUGAGACUGAUAGACACUUUGCGCACUGUCACAGCCGGAAAGAUCUAUGUGGAAAUUGAGCGUGCCCGGUUAACCAAACACUUGGCCAUGAUAAAGGAGGAAGCUGGAGAGCUGAAAGACGCUGCUGCCAUUUUGCAGGAACUUCAGGUUGAAACUUACGGUUCAAUGGAGAAGAAGGAGAAGGUUGAGUUUAUCUUGGAACAAAUGAGACUCUGCGUGGCUAUAAAGGAUUACAUUCGAACACAAAUCAUCAGCAAAAAAAUAAACACAAAGUUCUUCCAGGGGGAAAAUACUGAGGACUUGAAGUUAAAGUACUACAACCUAAUGAUUCAAGUUGACCUGCAUGAAGGAUCCUAUUUGUCUAUAUGUAAACACUAUCGUGCCAUCUAUGAUACACCUUGUAUCGAAGCUGAUACCACAAAAUGGCAACAGGCAUUGAAGAGUGUUGUUCUCUACGUCAUCCUGGCACCUUAUGACAAUGAACAAUCUGAUCUCGUCCAUAGAAUCAGCCAGGACAAAAAACUUGAAGAGAUACCUAAGUACAGGGAUCUGCUGAAGCUCUUUACCACAAUGGAACUAAUGCGCUGGUGCUCAUUGGAGGAGGAUUACAGUCAGGAAUUGAGAGGAGAAUUAGCAGAAAAUGCAUGCACAGAUGUAUUUUCCAACACUGAAGAAGGAAACAAAAGAUGGAAAGAUCUUAAAAACAGAGUAGUGGAACAUAAUAUUCGAAUCAUGGCAAAAUAUUACACACGGAUCACAAUGAAAAGAAUGGCAGAGCUCCUCGAUCUUUCCAUAAAUGAAUCUGAAGAGUUUCUUUCCAAUCUGGUGGUAAACAAGACCAUCUAUGCAAAGGUUGACAGGCUGGCUGGAAUUAUCAACUUCCAGAGACCCAAGGACCCCAACGAUAUUCUCAACGACUGGUCACACAAGCUGAACUCUCUGAUGUCACUUGUGAACAAAACCACACACCUCAUAGCCAAGGAGGAGAUGAUCCACAACCUUCAGUAAACAACGAGCAUUAGUUGAAAAGACAUUUCAAUAUAUAAAAUAAUCCUUAAUAACCAUGCAAAAAAAAAAAAAAAUUACUUUUCCUGCUGAACCAAAAGCAGUUUCUGAUGGUCUGGUGCAUUGUGUCCACAUGGUUAGGCACUGAAGGCUAGGCUUUGAUGGUGUCAUUGAUCUUUCUCUUUUUAAAGACAUGUAUAAAGUGGGGUUUGAAUUUUGUGAUAUGUACUGUAAAUGGAACAAAACACCAACUGAAUAUUGUCACGGAGGUGACUUUACAAUUGAAAAUUUCCAUUGUUUUAUAUUACUUGGAUCUUUCAUUAAACUUAAUUUAAAAAGUUA